AUGGGUGUACAAUCGCUUUGGGAGAUACUGGGUCCAACCGCAAGGCCUGUACGGCUUGAAUCACUUUCUAACAUGAAGAUGGCUGUUGAUGCUUCUAUUUGGAUAUACCAAUUCCUGAAAGCCGCGAGAGAUAAAGAUGGAAAUAGACUACUUCAUGCGCAUGUAGUGGGCUUCUUUAGGCGUAUAUGUAAGUUACUUUACUUUGGGAUUAGACCUGUAUUUGUUUUUGAUGGCGGUGCUCCACUAUUGAAAAGAGAGACUAUUAGACUGCGAAAGGAAAGGCGCCAAGGGAAGCGGGAAAGCGCUAAUGUAAGGGCCAAGAAGUUAUUGGCAAUGCAAAUCCACAGGGAGAGUUCUGGUCACGAGCAGAGUCCGAAGAAAGAGAGCUCUACGAAAAGUGUGGUAUUUCGGCCAUCUGAUGAAUAUGAGCUUCCUCAGAUCCCAGGGUUUGCCUAUGAUGAAUCUGAUACCAGGAUAAGUCCUGCGGAUGAAUAUAAGGCCAUUAUGCAAAGUUUAGAUGAUCUUGAGGGCAUUGACAUUGAGUCUAUUAACCCAGCGUCUAGGGAAUUUGAUGAGCUUCCUAAAUCAACUCAGUACAUGAUAUUGUCAGCCUCUAGGCUUCGUUCCAGAUUGAGAAUGGGUUACAGCAAAGAGCAGCUAGAGCACCUAUUCCCUGAUAGCAUGGAAUUUUCCAAGUUUCAGAUUGACAGAGUGAAAAGAAGGAAUUUUUUUACUCAGAAGUUAAUGGAUAUUACUGGCAUGCAUGAUGGAGGUGCCAAGAAAGGAGACUAUACAAACAGAAUAGCUGGUCAAAAGGGAAGGGAAUAUAAAUUAACUAAGACCGAUACUGGUUGGGCGUUAUCGUUAGGUGAACAAGAUGGUUCUGAGGCUAGCAGAGCAAUUGUAGUGCAUGAUCCUUUGUCCAGUACACAUACCGGUUCACGCAAGCAGCCUAAAAAUGACAGUGAUAAAGGUAGCGAUGAUGAGGAGGAAGAUAUUGAAUGGGAAGAUAUUGAUGUUGAUCCCAAUUCCCAGGAGAAGGAGGUUGAUUAUUCUUUAAGGGCGGCUUAUUUGCCUAAUGCGAAAACAAUAGAUGGUGCAGCGGGCAGUCAGUCCUUCUUAGACACAAGAGCUGGUGAUACUAGCACUAAAUCUACUACCUUAGCAACUCAAAAGUUACCUAGACAUGUUGAAGUUGUUGAUGAAGAAUCCGAUGAAGACGAGUAUUUGGACCAUUUACAGGAAAUUCAGAUGAUGGAGGAGAUACAAAAAUCACGAAAUGUGGAAAAAGCCAGAGCAAAAGCACCUGAAGAUAUUGCUGUUAGACAACCUGCUGUUGUUGAGUCUAAGAAGGCUGCUCCUGCACAAAAUACAGACGAGGUAGACCGUCGUCGCGAAACUGAUGCACAGAGGCAAGCCGAAAUUGAUGAACGCUUUAAGAUGCUUCCUCUUACAAACGCUGACGGAGAUUUAAUUGAACCUCCCAACUUUACUUUAGAGAAGGAGUCCUUUUUAUUUGAGAGCAAGCCAAAAGAGCAGCCUAAGGAAUCGUCCGAGGAGAAGAAAGUGAUUCCUGAGGUACCGCUAUGGUUUCAAUCUUCAUCUGUUGAAAAUGCCCAUAAAGCCCCUCUUACUAGCCAAGUAGAAUCACCAGAUGUACGCAGUGAUUUUGGUAUUCAUCCUGCAAGAAGCAGCUCUGAUCUCGAAGUAAAUUCAGAUGAUGACUCAGUGAUUGAGGUUAUAGAAGACAAUGCUGUUACUGCUGAAAACACACCAAUUCCAGAAACAAUACCCGCUUCAGAGACAGAGCCAGCUACGAGAGAUUCAGUAGAGCAUGGUGCUACUGAUGCUGAGUCAAUACUGGACUAUUAUAUCUCCGAAAACGAGGAGGAAGAACUGGUAGAGCAACUGGGCAAGGAACAAGAAGACUACAACUUUUUCAGGAAAACUCUAAACCCUAACUUAGCAUCUACUGCCUUCAUUGAGGAUGAAAUAUAUGAAAAAGCUGUGAAGGAUAAACGUGAUGCCGACGAAGUAACUCCGGAUAUGGUGAGAGAUAUUCAGGAACUUCUUUCUAGGUUUGGAAUACCCUUCAUCACAGCUCCCAUGGAAGCCGAGGCACAGUGUGCUGAGCUACUCUCUCAGAAGCUGGUAGAUGCCAUCAUUACAGAUGAUAGCGACAUCUUCCUUUUUGGAGGCUCCAAGGUCUAUAAAAAUAUGUUCCAUGAGAAGAAUUAUGUGGAAUACUACAAUGCCAAUGCAAUUUCCGCAGAACUAGGCUUAGACAGAGACAAGUUUAUUGCUAUAGCACAACUUCUAGGUAGUGACUAUACCACUGGAGUCAAAGGAGUAGGUAAAGUUGCCGCAAUGGAAAUUCUCGCGGAAUAUGGAGACUUAGAAAGCUUCCGCAACUGGUACAACGAGAACCAGUUUGACAAAGUAAAGCUUCAACAAGAGUCGUCCUUCCAGAAGAGCCUCCGUAAGAAACUGGUGAAGAAUGAAGUCGUUCUCGAUGAAUCUUUUCCUAGCAUAGCUGUUCGCGAAGCAUACCUAAACCCAGUUGUCGAUCACGAUCCAACAAAAUUCGUCUGGGGUAUGCCUAACCUUGACAGACUGCGAAGCUACAUGCAUGAACACGUCAAUUGGUCUAUUGAAAAAUCAGAUGAAAUAUUAAUUCCAUUGAUCAAAGAUCUCAACGACAAAAAGAAAACAGGUACACAAACAACCCUUGUGGAAUUCUUCCCAACAAGGUUACUUGAGACAGAGAAGAAGUUGAAGCUAGGUAAGAGAUUCCAGGAAGCCACUGGCAGAUUGAAAAAGAGGCGGACCAAAUAG